CUCCUUUUCUUCCAUCUUCAUCAAAGCUUUUUUUCACUGCAGACAGAAUCAACAAUCAUUUCAUGAACUCAAAAACGUCACAACAGCCGUAAGGAGACCGGGAUCACCGGUUCCUGACGGAGGUCCUCCGUUCUUCUCCUCCUCUCCGGUGUGUGUCCGGUUCCUUCACAAUAAAAGCACCGCGGUGGCGGAUGGGAGCGUUGCUGCCCCCUAUCGGCCGCUGUGCGCAAGUACCAUCCCCCUCCUCCUCCCCCCGCUGCACCGGCUCUGCUCUUUUUCUAUUCCCGGAGAGACCUCCUCCAUUUUAACACCGACACCCGGCGCAGGAACAGCGGCCCGCGAGAACUCUGUGGCCGGCGGACGCACGCGCGGCGGCGGAGGUGUUCUCCCAGGAUGCAUCAGUGAGCAUGCUCCCAGCGGUUGUGGUUACCAUGGCGAUUCUAGGGAGCAGCCAGGCCUGCAGCGGCCAGGAAAACUGCUCGGCCGACAGCGAGUCCAAGGAGUACUGCUACUCGGCCCGGAUCCGCAGCACGGUGCUGCAGGGGCUGCCGUUUGGGGGCGUGCCCACCGUGCUGGCGCUGGACUUCAUGUGCUUCCUAGUGCUCCUCUUCGUCUUCUCCAUCCUGAGGAAGGUGGCGUGGGAUUAUGGACGACUGGCGCUGGUUACAGAUGCAGACAGACUGAAGAAGCGUUUCAGCGACCUGGAGGAGCAGGAAUACGUUGCAUCCGCGAUGCACUCAGAGACGCCGGACCGCUACGAACGGCUCACCUCUGUGUCCAGCUCUGUGGACUUUGAACAACGGGACAACGGUUUCUGCUCGUGGCUCACGGCCAUUUUUAGAAUAAAGGACGAGGAGAUCAGGGAGAAGUGUGGCGAAGACGCGGUGCACUACCUGUCCUUCCAGCGCCACAUCAUCGGCCUGCUGGUGGUGGUUGGCGUCCUCUCUGUCGGCAUCGUCCUGCCCAUCAACUUCUCUGGAGAUCUGCUGGAAAACAACGCCUACAGCUUUGGACGCACCACCAUAGCCAACCUGAAAUCUGGGACCAACCUGCUGUGGCUCCACACCACGUUUGCGUUCAUGUACCUGCUGCUGACGGUCUACAGCAUGAGGAGACACACGUCCAAGAUGCACUACAAGGAGGACGACCUGGUGAAACGCACUUUGUUCAUUAACGGCAUCUCUAAGUACGCGGAGGAGAGUCAGAUCAAGCAGCACUUUGAGCAGGCCUACGAGAACUGCGUGGUCUUAGAGGCUCGGAUCUGCUACAACGUGGCCAAACUGAUGGCUCUGAAUGCUGAGAGGAAGAAGACGGAGCGCAGCAAGAAGUUCUUCACCGACCUGAUGGCCAAGGAGCAUGUCCCCACCAUGAUCAACCCCAAACCCUGCGGACACCUUUGCUGCUGCGCCAUUGCCGGCUGCGAGGAGGAGGAGGCGGUCAGUUACUAUACCAAGAUGGAGGCGAAGCUGAAGGAGGAGUACAGGAAGGAGAAGGAGAAGGUCCACACCAAACCUCUGGGCAUGGCCUUCGUCACCUUCCAGAACGAGGCCAUGACAGCCAUAAUCCUGAAGGACUUUAACGCCUGCCAGGUUCAGGGCUGCCGCUGUCGUCAGGAGCCCCGUUCUUCUCAGUUCAGUGAAGUCCUCCACGUCCAUAACUGGAGUGUUCUGUACGCGCCCGACCCUCAGAACGUCCGCUGGGAGCACCUGUCGCUAGGCGGCAUUUCAUGGUGGAUCCGCUGCUUCAUCAUCAACUGCAUCCUCUUCAUCCUACUCUUCUUCCUCACCACGCCUGCCAUCAUCAUCUCCACCAUGGACAAGUUCAACGUCACUAAGCCCGUGGAGUAUCUUAAUAACCCCAUCGUCACUCAGUUCUUCCCUACUCUGCUGCUCUGGGCCUUCUCUGCCCUGCUGCCCACUAUUGUCUACUACUCUGCCUUCUUUGAGGCCCACUGGACCAGGUCUGGAGAAAACCGAACAACCAUGCACAAGUGUUACACCUUCCUGAUCUUCAUGGUUCUGCUGCUGCCGUCACUCGGACUCAGCAGUCUGGACGUUUUCUUCCGCUGGCUGUUCGAUAAGAAGUUCCUGGCGGACGCUAAAGUCAGAUUUGAGUGUGUCUUCCUUCCGGAUAACGGAGCGUUCUUUGUGAACUACGUCAUCGCCUCAGCCUUCAUUGGAAAUGCCAUGGACCUGCUGAGGAUACCUGGUCUGCUGAUGUACAUGAUCCGGCUGUGCCUGGCUCGCUCCGCCGCUGAUCGCCGGAACGUCAAGAGGCAUCAGGCCUAUGAGUUCCAGUUUGGCGCCGCCUAUGCCUGGAUGAUGAAUGUCUUCACGGUGGUGAUGGCCUACAGCAUCACCUGCCCCAUCAUUGUCCCUUUUGGUCUGAUGUACAUGCUGCUCAAACACCUGGUGGACAGGUACAACAUGUACUACGCAUACCUGCCCUCCAAACUGGACAAGAAGAUCCACUCUGGCGCCGUCACCCAGGUGGUUGCUGCGCCCAUCCUCUGCCUCUUCUGGCUGCUCUUCUUCUCCACUGUGCGCACAGGUUUUGAGACGCCAACCUCCAUGUUCACCCUGGUGGUGCUGAUUGUCACGAUAGUGGUGUGUCUGUCACACGUCUGCUUCGGACAUUUCAAGUACCUGAGCGCUCACAACUACAAGAUCGACACCAAGGAGACCGACCCGGAGGCUGUGGAAAACGGACGCCCUGCUCGGCCCUCCUCUUCCUCAGUCGCCAAGUCUCAGCAGAAGCAGGCGCAGCAGCAGCAGAUGUACAUCGCACAGGUGCUUCAGGACCCCACCUCAGACGAGGCGGGAGGGGGCAGCAGCGAGGAGGACCGCGGCUCGUCGCAGGACGAGGAGAUGCUGAACGGAGGAAACAGCAUCAACGAGGCGGACUUCCAGUCGGGGGAGGACAGUCUGAUUGCCAACGAGGUCCAUCAGUAGCUGGGGCCAAAAUUGGAGGGAGGGGGUGGAGCUAACGCGGGACACCUGCUCUUCAAUUAAACAGGUUUAAGACUGAACAGCAGAAAUUUAGCUCCGCCCCCUCUCUGCCUGUAGAUUUGGACCGUGGCGCCGGGUUGCUGUUGUCCAAUCCUGUGCCGAGGCACAGACGCUGUGCUGCUGCCACAGAAAGUCUUUGUACGGGACUGCCAAGCCAAAACGUUCUUUUCAGGGGUGGGUGGGGUUUAAAUUUUGUGCCUGGGCUGGACCUCUUUUGUUCGUGUGUUCUGUGGGUCACCUGACCUUGACCUUACAUCUUUACUUCAGAAGGACCCGGCGGCAGUGAAGCCGCUGUCAAAUCACGGAAACACCACUCCCCAUUUCACUGACACAGCCCCGCCCCAGAUCCUGUGAGGUCAUCGCGUCACCUGACAGCCGUUUCUGUUGACCUGCUGAGCUUCUCUGCAUGUUGCUGAAGCACCACCUUCUGGUGUCGUUGGGCUGACCCAUGUGACCCACGCUCCUGGACCAGGACCCACCCAACUCCUCAGACACUCCACAGCACCUCCACAGUUCAGGCACGCCUCCACAUGUCAGGCACGCCUCCACAGUUCAGGCACGCCUCCACAGGUCAGGCACGCCUCCACAGGUCAGGCACGCCUCCACAGUUCAGGCACGCCUCCACAGGUCAGGCACGCCUCCACAGUUCAGGCACGCCUCCACAGGUCAGGCACGCCUCCACAGGUCAGGCACGCCUCCACAGUUCAGGCACGCCUCCACAGGUCAGGCACGCCUCCACAGUUCAGGCACGCCUCCACAGGUCAGGCACGCCUCCACAGGUCAGGCACGCCUCCACAGUUCAGGCACGCCUCCAAAGGUCAGGCACGCCUCCACAGUUCAGGCACGCCUCCACAGGUCAGGCACGCCUCCACAGUUCAGGCACGCAUCCACAGGUCAGGCCCGCCUCCACAUGUCAGUUACGCCUCCACAGUUCAGGCACGCCUCCACAGUUCAGGCACACCUCCACAGUUCAGGCACACCUCCACAGGUCAGGCACGCCUCCACAUGUCAGGCACGCCUCCACAGGUCAGGCAUGCCUCCGCAUGUCAGGCACGCCUCCACAGGUCAGGCACGCCUCCACAUGUCAGGCACACCUCCACAUGUCAGGCACGCCUCCACAUGUCAGGCACGCCUCCACAGGUCAGGCACGCCUCCACAUGUCAGGCACGCCUCCACAGGUCAGGCACGCCUCCAGGUAGACCUUCAGGUGCUCCUCCCAGGUGCCUGAGGCUGUCAGAAGAAACUUAUGGAUCUUGUACUGUGCACUGACAGUGUGCAUGUGUGUGCGUGUGUGUGUAUGUGCAUGUGUGUGUGUGCUAGCUUGCAGUAGAAGUAGAACCUGUAGUCGUGUUCUACGAUGUCCUCACAUUCCUGAAGAUUUGACGCCAACAUCCCACUUUGUUCUGCAAGUGCUGCUUCUGCUGUUGCCAUGGUUACAUCCAUGCCUGCUGUAGACUUUCUCCUGUAGGGGGCGUCAUUUUGCUGGUGGGACCAUGAAGGAAUUGCCCGGUGACGAGGCAAAACAAACCCCACAGACAGCAGAGUGGCGUCCAUGCUGAUGCCAGGUCAUGUGACCUCUUUGCAUUUUUACUUUCCUAAUUUGAGAUUUUGUGACCUUUUUAUGAAUUUCCACGGAUUCCGGUGAUCCUGCUGUGAAAACAUUUGUAAGCCGAUGGAUUUACCCAUGACGACCUUUACAACACGUUUGUCCAAGGCGGCGAGGGAAAGCUUCCUCCUGAAGACUAUCAGAAGCAGGACAAUCUUUUCGAGGAUUGGGGCAGUUCCUGCGGGGCAUGUGAGGCAUUUCUAU